AUGGAUCCGAUGUCAAUUUUCCAAAAUUGUGCCAUGAAGGAGAAAAGCAAGAACGCCGCGAGAAGUCGGAGGGAAAAAGAAAACGCGGAAUUUCUAGAACUCGCGAAGUUACUGCCAUUGCCGGACGCCAUCACGACGCAAUUAGACAAAGCCUCGGUGAUCCGACUGACCACGUCUUAUUUGAAGAUGAGGCAAGUGUUCCCGGAUGGAUUGGGCGACGCCUGGGGUGCUACCCCAGUUACCCCUAAUCACAGAGAAGCCUCCAUCAAAGAGCUGGGCUCGUACCUUUUGCAAACUUUGGACGGGUUCAUCUUCGUGGUAGCCCCAGAUGGAAAAAUCAUGUACAUAUCGGAAACAGCAUCCGUACACCUUGGAUUGUCGCAGGUAGAAUUGACAGGAAACAGCAUCUACGAGUACAUUCACCCAGCCGAUCACGACGAGAUGACGGCCGUGCUCACCCCCACCAUGUUCCCCCCAGGUGUCAGUCCCCCCCACGACCACGAGAGCGAGAGGGCGUUUUUUCUGAGGAUGAAGUGCGUUCUCGCGAAACGAAACGCCGGACUGACGAACAGCGGGUACAAGGUGAUCCAUUGUUCAGGCUACCUAAAAAUGAAACAAUUCACCACCGGCACCGGCCCUUACGACCCCUGCUACCAGAAUAUGGGCCUCGUGGCAGUAGGCCACUCCUUACCUCCUAGUGCAAUCACUGAAAUCAAGUUACACACGAACAUGUUCAUGUUCAGGGCCAGCCUGGAUCUGAAACUGAUAUUUUUGGACGCCAGGGUGGCACAAUUGACAGGAUAUGAGCCACAAGAUCUUAUAGAAAAAACGCUGUAUCACUAUGUCCACGGAAACGACAUAUUUGCACUGAGAUUUUCUCAUCACCAAUUGUUACACAAAGGCCAAGUAACGUCAAAGUACUACAGGUUCCUCUGUAAGGGAGGUGGUUGGGUGUGGAUGCAAAGCUACGCAACGAUUGUCCAUAAUUCCAGAUCCUCGAGACCACACUGUAUCGUUUCCGUGAAUUACGUCUUAAGCGACUUCGAAGCCAAAGAACUUGUCCUCAACCUAACCCAAGGCGCCCCAAGGGAAGACCUUCCCAGCUCGCCGCAGUCGCCCCUACACACCCACACCCCAACGAGAACGCUACCAUCACACCAGAAGUACCAGGCCUCGCACCCUCCCCGACUCCACGCGGCCGUGCUAUCCCCGCAGACCUCUUCCAUCACCGAGGACGACUUCAGCGACUCCAACGGCGCCGCAGCCGCCUACGGACCACCGGACUACCCCAUUUUCCUCCACAACUACAACGAGGAGCCGUACUACCCCCACCAGGAAAUGUUCUACGCCUACUCGGACGCGGAGAUCAGCCAGCACCACCUGCUGAAUCCCAUGCAGCAGAGGCCAUUCAGCGCGUCGUCUAGCUCCUGCAGUUCCUCGGAGAGCGAGCACCUCCAGUUGCAGAACUUGAACAGUAACGUGUAUUGUGCGGAUAGUAUUCACGGGCAUAACUUUAAUGUCGGUUGUUUUAACAAUAACCAGAACCACGCGCAGACUCAGAACUGGCACGGGCACGAAUUCAAGCCCAUGUCGCACCAGACGCAUCCGGCAGGGUACACGAGUGUUAUCGUGGAUACGCAGCAGUACCAGUUGGCGAAUGAGUACGUCCACUAG